UCGCUCGGUUUGGAAAUGGUUUAUCUUGCACUUACUUGUAAACAAUAGCGUCAGCUUUUUGAUGUGAUUUUAAUACAUACGCACUUGCACUGGGCCUACAGCCUAUGGUUUGCUUUUGUUUUGUUUAUUUGUUUUGUAACUUUUAGAAACGAGAACAGAAGUCAUGGGCCUUUAGAGUCUGUUUUUUGAUGUUGGUGGAUGUGUUACCAAAGGGACUAUAAGCUCCCGAGGAACACUGUUAGGAUUCAAACAUUUGACAAAUGGCUGUGGAAAAAGUAACAAAGCAAGUGAUGAGGUUUUGUUCCAGGGGAUUCUCCAUGGACUGCAGCUGAGAGCGUUCACCUCGUACACCAGACAGCAGAGCUCCUCAGGGGAACUCUGGGGGCACUUUUAUGUUGGAUAGGAAAAGACGGGCUAACUUGUCUUGACAGAAACUGGCACGUAGAGAUAGGAAUGUAAUGUUACUGAGGCUCUUCUGGAGUAUGUUUUAUGACUGAGUCACUGUCAGACAACUCCUGAGGCCUGGAACGUCAUGCUUGUGAUGUGUAGAAAAGUACAUUUUCCAGUUGAAAAAACCCCAGCCAAACAAAGCUUCAGUCUGGUUUUGACUGGCUUUAGAACAGGUUGUAUGGUUCCCAAGGCUACUAAAUUACAUUCCAAGUCAGAUGUAACAGAAAUAAACAGGUUUGCUAAGUAAAUAAAACUUCAAUGAGAAUGCCAUAAAGUUUUCCGUUGUUCCCCAGUAACUGUCAUAUUCACUUAAGCCAAAUUAGAUAAGAGGUCUAGAGAUGUAAGAGAUGCCAAAUUUCUACACAUUCUUGGUUCAUUGAAAGGAUUGGAUUUAUAAAAAAGACAGGAGUAAGAGUCCCUUUUCCUGAAGUUGCUGUCUGUGCAAUCAUUCGGGGGUGGGACAGUCAAUGACUUUGUCCCAUCAGUUAGAAUAUUCAGCUUUUGGAUAUCAGAGAGCAGGUGGAGGCAAGGUAACGUUCUGGGGAUCCAGGGAGAAGCCAGGUGUGAUGGAUUUCCCCCCUUUUCUACCAAAACUUAUGGGGGAUGAAAUCCUAAGUCCUUUCUAUUUAGCAUGGGAUCCUGAGGGGUGGUUUCUGUCAGGCAGCUCUGGAUGCUCCCCUUGCUUUGUCAGUCUUGUCCAGGUAACAUGCUUUUAAAAUUUUGGUACUUGGAAGUGACCCUGCAACCAGAGCAAAUGUCUCCAGCUUUUUGGUGCUGAGGCUGAACUCACUCACAGUAACAUGGCUUUAAGUGGUAGCGUUUUCAUGACUCUAAAAAGAAACUGGGUGAUCACCUGUGUGUCUGUUUAUGUAGCAGCCACCAGCCUAAAGAACAAACACAGAUUUGAUGAAAAGGAGAAUGUAUCAAACUGUAUCCAGCUGAAGACUUCAGUUAUUAAAGGCAUCAAGAAUCAACUGAUAGAUCAAUUUCCUGUUAUUGAACCAUGGCUAAACCAAAUCAUGCCAAAGAAAGAUCCAGUCAAAAUAGUAAGAUGUCAUGAACAUAUAGAAAUCCUCACUGUGAAUGGGGAGUUGCUGUUCUUCAGGCAAAGAGAAGGGAUUUUUUACCCGACACUAAGGUUGCUUCACAAAUACCCAUUUAUUCUCCCGCAUCAGCAGGUUGAUAAAGGCGCCAUUAAAUUCGUCCUGAGUGGAGCUAAUAUAAUGUGCCCUGGCCUGACGUCGCCUGGAGCAAAGCUUUACCCUGCUGCUGUUGACACUGUUGUGGCAAUUAUGGCAGAGGGAAAACAACAUGCAUUAUGUGUGGGAGUAAUGAAGAUGUCAGCUGAGGACAUUGAGAAGGUCAACAAAGGGAUUGGUAUUGAAAAUAUCCACUAUUUAAAUGAUGGCCUUUGGCAUAUGAAGACAUACAAGUGAAACAACAGGAACUGUUACUCCAAAGGAAUGCACUUAGAUUAAAUGUGGACUGCUUUGUAAUUCCUUGUUUUUAAUGUGACUGAAUGUACAAAUUAUUUUGUUCUGUGGCUAUGCUAAAUAAAUCAGUUGAAUGCAAAAGUACUGUUAGGCUACAAUAGUUUUCUAGAUUUCUUUUUAUUACAGUUAUUUUGUUUUGUCUUAAACCUGAGUCUUCAGUGACUUCAGAUAUUUGAUGAAAGAUUCUGCAUGGACUGUGAGUAGACUAUUUCAAAUGGAAAGGAGGAAAAAGCCAAGAAAUGUUUACAUUUUUGUGCUCUUCUAAAAGAGUAAUAUAAAGUGUGUGUGAAAUAUAAACUUGGUUUACAAAACCUGAAGCAUUUCAGAUUUUUUCUUGACAUCUUAGUCUACCUAGUUCCUUGAAUAUGGAGAAAUCAGGUUUUUUGACAUUAUUUUUUAACUUAUUAAGUGCAUUAGCUUCAUUUUACUUAAGGAUUUUCUCUUUUUAAUAUGCAUUUAUCUGUAUGGGAUUUAUGAACUCAGUCUGGUAUGUGGAUUAGAAAUUCUUUUAUGGUGGCUCACAUCUGAAGACUGUAUGUAUGUUCAGAUUUCUACCUGCCAACACUUUGAUACUGCUCUCCCUCUAGAGGAGUUUGUAGUAAUGGUGGGCACUCUCCCCGUGAAGUGUGUGCCACCCUGGUGCCUGAUGCUCUCUGCUCCCUGUGUGCCGCCUAAUUUAAGGAGCAGAAACAAAAUCACUCUUAAAUAAAGGCAUUGCAGCAAAACAUGUUUUUCAGUGUAGCCAGGAGCAACUUUUUCAGGUGGAACUUGAAGAGCUCCCAGCUUGUGCACACUGCCACAUGUCUCUGUACAGCUGCAGAUGGGUUCAGGAGCACUGUGUGUCUGUCUGGAUAACCCAGCAUUCCCAAAGCUAUGCCUAUGGAAAAAUGGAAUACUGUAAUAAAUUAAGGAAACUUUUAAGGUCUACCACUCAUAA